AUGGAGGCCUCUUUGACUGCUCGGGACCGGGUUGGGAUCCAGGACUUUGUCUUGCUGGACGCCUACACCAGUGAGACGGCCUUCUUGGACAACCUUCGGAAACGCUUCCACGAAAACCUCAUCUAUACAUACAUCGGGACUCUUCUGGUCUCUGUGAAUCCUUACAAAGAGCUGGAUGUGUUCGGUCAGAAGCAGAUGGACAUCUACAUGGGAGUGAACUUCUUUGAGCUCCCGCCGCAUAUUUAUGCCCUGGCAGAUAACGCCUUCCGUACGAUGCUCUCUGAGUUCAAUAAUCACUUCAUCCUGAUUUCUGGAGAAAGUGGAUCUGGAAAAACCGAAGCGUCAAAGAAGAUCCUUCAGUUCUACGCCGUGAGCUGCCCCAGCACCGCACUGCUCUGCAACAUCAGGGACCGCCUUCUUCUGUCCAACCCGGUGCUGGAGGCUUUUGGAAAUGCAAAAACACUGAAGAAUGACAACUCAAGCCGCUUUGGGAAGUACAUGGAUAUACAGUUCGAUCACCAGGGGCGGGCUGUGGGGGGUCACAUCCUCAGUUACCUUCUGGAAAAGUCACGUGUGGUUCAUCAGAAUCACGGAGAGAGAAACUUCCACAUCUUCUACCAACUGGUGCAGGGCGGAGAGGAGGAGCUGCUGCGGUGGCUGGGGCUGGAGAGGGACUGCCAGGCCUACGCUUACCUCAUGCAGGGAAACUGUCCCAGAGUCAGCUCCAUCAACGACAAAAGCGACUGGAGAACGGUCCGCAACGCUCUGUCUGUGAUCGAGUUCAGCGACAAUGACAUCGAGAACCUGUUUGCGAUCAUUGCCAGUGUUCUGCAUUUGGGGAACAUUACAUUUGAAGCUGGUCCUCAGGGAUACGCCGCUCUGAACAACUGUCAGCAGAUCCACUGGGUCUCCAAGCUGCUCGGAGUCCCAGCUCCUGUGCUUCAACACGGACUGACACACAAGAAGAUCCAGACCAAGACUGAGGAGGUGCACAGUCCCUUCUCAGUGGAACAUGCAGUCUUCGCUCGAGACGCUCUCUCCAAAGCUGUGUACGGACGCACCUUUAACUGGGUUGUCAACAAGGUCAACGAGUCGCUAGCAAACAAGGUACCAGUCGUUAGCAAACAAGGUACGAGUCACUAG